AUGACGUGGCCGCAGUUCCCAGCCCGAUUCACCCCGGCAUGGAGUCAAACAUACCGAGCGUUAUGCAGUUUGACACGCCCAUUUCCCAAGGGAACGCCGUUGCUGGCAGAUGCGGAACAAGUGCUCAAGUAUAUACCGGAUUAUGGAAAGGGGGUCUUGCACCUCGUCAGAUUUCGACACCAAGUGAUAGAUGUCUCUGCCAAACGUCAGGAGGACGGACCAUACUGGAGGCUGAAAGUCCUCAACCUCAACAACCGGACAGUCCUUUCUCUCUGCUACGAUGCCGCCGUUGUAUCAAAUGGCCGAUACAACAAGAUAUACGAACCUUCUAUCCCUGGAAUUGAUGACUGGAAGCGUUUGGACCCCCGAUCAGUGUUGCAUUCAAAAAGAUUUCGAGACGCGAAAGAGUUUGAGGCAAAGCACAUAUUUCAUGUCGGCCACCCUAAUUUGGCCUUUGUCAUGCUCCACCUGCGCGUCGUCGCGUUUCCAUUCGCCGAAUCCCAGGUUGCUGUCAUUGCAAGAGUCUGGUCCGGUCGCCUGCGUCUCCCACCCUAUGAGGAGAUGGCCACUUAG